UCCACAACACUACAGGAAUAUAAGACACGGUUACAUUUUCUUUUUCUUUCUCUCUCUUUUUUUUUUUUAUAAAGAAAUGAUUAGAUUUUGAGCAGUGCCUUCUAAUAUGUGUGUUCUCUCCCUGAGUAGUGCCCUCUCCAAAAAUGCACAUCAUUUUUUUAUGACUUCAAGGACAUGGGUCACACUGUUGAACAAGACAGGGGCAAAGGAAUGUGUGUCAGACUUAUGUCAAUUUAUAUUAUAAAUGAUAGUGUUAAAUUUAUAUCCAUUUCUGGAAGGAGACCUGGAAGAGGAGUAAGCCUGAUGGGGAGACGUUUAUUUUGUCUAUGUACGUGUAUGUUUGUUUGUUUUGGUCUGUUUGUUUUUGUGGCACUGGGGAUUGAACCUAGGGUAUUUGCACUGUUACAAAUCCAGUCCUUUUUUUAAUUUUAGACACUGUCUCGUUAUGUCGCUAUGGGGUGGGUUCAAUCAUAAGUAUCCCGCCCAGCUUCAUAUUUUUUAUCUUUUCAGUGAAUAAGUUGAUUAAAAUUUAUACGUUCGGGUUCAGGCAUGUAUUUGAAUGACAGAUCGCUUGUCUGGCCUGUGAGAGGCCCUCGGUUCAAUUCCCAGCACCGGUGGAGCCGGUGGGUCGGGGAUCUCUGCUCAGCUUGCGAACCCCAAGUCCCCUGGCUCACCUGCUGCCUGCAGGCUGCCAGACAGCGCCUGAGCCAGCGCAGUGGAACACAGCGAGAAGGGGUGGUUGCCUAGCAACCGGAGGUCCAAACAACAGAGGCGUUCGGCAAGGGGGGACCCAGCGGCCAGCAGAGAAAGGAGGAAGUUUCUGGAAACAGGCCUCAGGGGUCCCGGCCUUUGGGCCUGCAUCAUGGCCACGCUGAGUGUCAAGCCCAGUCAGCGCUUCCGGCUGCCCGACUGGCACACCAAUAGCUACCUGUUGUCCACCAAUGCGGAGCGGCAGCGAGAUGCUUCCCAUCAAAUCCGCCAGGAGGCCCGGGUCCUUCGCAAUGAGACCAACAACCAGACCAUUUGGGAUGAACAUGACAACAGGACUCGACUGGCAGAGAGGAUUGAUACUGUCAACCGGUGGAAGGAGAUGUUGGACAAGUGUCUCACUGACCUGGAUGCUGAGAUUGAUGCCCUGACACAGAUGAAGGACUCAGCAGAGCAAAACCUGCAGGCCAAGAACCUGCCUUUGGACGUAGCCAUUGAGUGCCUGACCCUGCGGGAGAGUCGGCGGGACAUUGAUGUGGUGCAGGACCCUGUGGAGAAUGAGCUGCACAAAGAGGUGGAAGUCAUCGAGGCCACCAAGAAGGCCUUGCAACAGAAGAUCAGCCAGGCAUUCGAGCAGCUCUGCCUCCUGCAGGAAGUCCGACACCAGCUCAGCUCUGACCAUCGAGGCAAAAUGGAGACACUGGAAAUCGACAGAGGCUGUCUCUCACUCAACCUCGUGUCCCCAAACAUCUCUCUGAAGGUCAACCCCACACGUGUCCCCAAUGGCUCCACCACACUUCGGGAGUGGGAUGACUUCAGUCAGUUCAACAAAAACCGAGCAGAGGCUGAAAUGAAAGCAGCCACCGAGCUGAGGGAGGCCAUCAACCUAACUCUUGCUGAGACCAAAAAUGAACUGGAAGCCCAGAGGGUGGCCACGGAAUUUGCCUUCAGGAAGCGGCUUCGGGAGAUGGAGAGUGUGUACAGUGAGCUGAAGUGGCAAGAGAAGAAUACUUUGGAGGAGAUUGCCGAGCUGGAGGAGGACAUCCGGCAUCUGGAGAAGGAUCUUUCCAGAAAGAUGCAGAACCUGAAGCUCUGCCAUACUCGCCUGGAGUCCAGAACCUACCGGCCCAAUGUGGAGCUCUGCCGAGACCAGGCACAGUAUGGCCUCACUGAUGAGGUUCACCAGUUAGAGGCAACUAUUGCUGUCUUGAAGCAGAAGCUGGCACAAGCACAGGAUGCUCUGGAUGCUCUGUACAAGCACCUGGCCCGGCUGCAGGCUGACAUUGCCUGCAAGGCUAACUCCAUGCUUUUGGACACCAAGUGUAUGGACACGCGCCGCAAGCUGAUGGUCCCGGCCGAGAAGUUUGUGCCCCAGGUGGAUACCUUCACCCGCACCACGAACCGCACACUGAGCCCACUGAAGCGCUGCCAGUUGGAGCUGGCCUAAUGGUGGGCGCGUUGAGGAAAGAGUGGAAGGUUGGGAGGGAAAGGAGGGACUUAAGGAGGUGAUGAAUCUAAUAAACGUGAAGGUUCUCAGGCCA